GAAUUUUUUCAGUUGGCUUUUAAGUGCCGUGUUGUCAACAAUGCAAUGGUCGUGGCUAAAAGUCCUCAUUGUGAGCUUUUUAUUUUGUGAAGGAACCGCAAGUGAUGGAGUCAAGAAUUUUGAGAUGUUUUUCUUGACACUCGACAAGGAUUUAACUGAUUUUAAUCAUCGUAUAGCGGAACUGGCAUGGGAUGCAUUAAUGAAUCCUUCAAAUAUUAACAAGCAAGUUGAACUUGAGGAUAUUGCUGGUGAAAGGUUGCGAUUUAUUAACCGGAAAUGUAAGCAAAUGGGUGCUAUGAAUGAUGAAUUGCUUGAUACACAGCGAAGAGCUUAUGAAUUGAUGUGCAGUGGAGUGAAAUUUGAUGAUCCUCUGGAACAAAGAGAACUCCUAGAAACUUCAAGUCAGAUCCAAUACAUUUACACAAAUACAAAAAUUUGCAUACCGAACAGUUUGGAUAUAUGUUCAAAUGCCAUAAAUCUGUGGAACUUCACAUAUGUUCAAAGUGGAGAUGAUUUGAGGAAGCUGUCUUUCAAUCGUGAGGGAGAAAUCAUUUUUUUGGAUGCAAAAGAUAAUCAGAUUCAACUUAAAUGCUAUUCAGGAGAGCCCCAGCUUGAGAAACUUAUGGACAAUGAUUAUUCAGCAGUAACCCCAAAGAACACCCUCGACUGCAAACGAAAUGUAGAUGUGAUAAAUUAUUGGAUAUGGGAGGUGUGGAGACAAUCGAUUGGACCUAACAUUCGAGAGCUCUAUCCAAAAUUGAUUAAAACAAUGAACAAUGGUGCACAGAAGGCUGACUUCUCCAAUAUCGGUAUGAUGUGGCAGCAUGAAAUGGAGAUUGAUGAAGUUGAAGAUUUAAUGCGUGAUAUAUGGACUGAAAUACAACCGUUCUACAACAUGCUGCAUGCCUUCGUCAAAUCAAUACUGGAGAAAAAUUUCAAAUCAAUUGACAAACGGAAUCAAAACAUCCCAGCACAUUUUCUCGGAUGGAAUGCAAAUUGGUAUCAUUUAUUAAAGGAUUACAUUGAGCCGACAAUAUUCUCUGACAAAUGGAAUAUCGAUGAGUCAUUGAGGGGUAGGAAGUGGACAUCAAGUGAUGUUGUUAAAAAAAUUGAAGAUUUUUAUACCUCACUGGGACUGACUCGAAUGCCAAGGGAUUUUUGGGACAAAAGUUACAUCUCUAAUGACAUCAACAUGAGUUGCCAUGGAACAGCAGCUAAUAUGUUUAAGGAUGAUGAUUAUCGCGUUGCUGUUUGCGGCUAUAAACGACUUUAUGAUUUAUACGUAAUAACACAUGAAAUGGGACAUGUUGAGCAGUACAUGAUGUCACAAAACAAACUAGCACCAUUCCGAACAGGCAAUACAGUCAUUCAAGAGACAAUUGGUGAUUCCAUAUUCUUAGGAUUUAUCACACCUAUGCACUUGAAUCGACUCAAACUUAUUGAUGACUCAAUGCUUUUUCCAACGACUCAAAUACCGUCUACAUCUGACCUUCAUCAAUUGUUGAUUAUGGCACUAAUGAAGGUUCCAGAAAUACCAUUUGGAUAUGUUUUCGAAUCAUUUCGUUAUGACUUGUUUGCUGAGCGUAUCGAUAUGGAAAACUCAAACGAUUACUUUUGGGAAUUGACGAGGAAAAUUCAACGAAUUGAACCGCCGAAUGUUGACAUUAAUCGUCAUCAGUUGUUUGAUGUUGCUGCAAAAUUUCACUUUGCUGCUAAUGUGCCAUAUGCGAGGUAUUUUUUUGCCAACAUUUUGCAGUAUCAGAUUUUUAGAGGACUGUGUGAGGCUACAGUUUAUGGAAAGGUGAAGGGGAACGAGACGUUGAGCAUGCCACUUCAUAAGUGUGAUAUUUAUGGAUCACGAAGAGCUGGAAAAUUGUUAAAGAAAGCAUUAAAAAACGGAAGUGAGGCGACAUUUAAAACAAUUUUAAAGGAUUUAACGGGAAUGGAUAAAAUAUCAGCAGCUGCUCUUCUUGAAUAUUAUGAGCCAUUAAUUGAGUGGCUAAAAAAUUAUUUGAGUGUGUAUAAUAUCGUGUAUUAAUAUUUAUGGUAACUUACCAUUUAUGGUUAUAUGUUUAAUUUAAAUAAUGAAUAAAAAUAUUAACAAAAUAUUCUUUUACCAG